UGUGGACCUGAUUACCAUCCGAAUUUCCUUUAUUGAAAUUCUUAGCAUGCUGAUUCCAUGUUUUGCGAGAAUGAGUGAAAUGGCAAUAUCAAAGUUGAGUUUGCGACUAUGUCAAAGAGCCAUUGUGUCUCUACACAGAUCAUACUGCACUGUGUCGCCACGAAAUGUCCUCAAACUGAGGGAGAGAGGAGUUGUUCACUCUGUUUUCCCGGCUACACAUAUUCAUGAAUUGGAGAAACAGCUAGGUCAGCCGCUGACUGUGUAUUGCGGGUUUGAUCCUACAGCAGACAGUUUACACAUUGGGAACCUCCUGGCCAUUAUUGCUUUGUUACACUGCCAGAGAGCCGGCCACCACACAAUUUGUGUUGUGGGAGGGGCCACAGCUCAAAUUGGUGAUCCCUCAGGGAGAACUAAAGACAGAGACCCCAUGAAGCCAGAGGUUGUGGAGAGAAAUGUUGCCUCCAUUACUGAAAGUCUAGAGAGAAUAUUCUCCAAUCACCAGCGGUACUUCUGGAGGAACCAAAGCAGGGAGCUUCCAGCUGUCAGGAUUUUGAACAACAUUGAUUGGUACAGCAAGAAGAGUGUGAUAGAUUUCUUAUCAACAUUAGGCAGAAAGUUUAGGGUGGGCAGCAUGAUGCACAUGUCCAGUGUGAAGACACGAAUGGAGUCAGAGGAAGGACUGAGUUUAACAGAAUUUACCUAUCAGGUGUUUCAGGCCUGUGACUGGCUUCACCUGUAUGAAAACUAUAACUGUACUGUACAGGUUGGAGGGAGUGAUCAGCUGGGGAACAUUGUGUCAGGUUAUGAAUUCCUCACCAAGAUACACAAGAGACUUUUCUUUGGACUAAUGGUGCCAUUGUUAACAACCUCUGGUGGAGAGAAAUUAGGGAAAAGUGCCAACAACUCAGUAUGGUUAAAUCCGGACAAAACAACACCAUUUCACCUGUACCAGCAUUUUAUUAACCUCCCUGAUGCUGAUGUAGAGACUUACCUCAGGCUGUUUACAUUCCUGACAAAAAGUGAGAUUCAGGACUGCUUAGCUGACCUGAAGGAGAGACCAGAAUUAAGAAGAUCCCAGAAAACAAUAGCAGAGGAAGUAGUUAAACUGGUUCAUGGAGAAGUAGGACUGGAGCAGGCAGAGAGGUGGACAGAUGUGUUUUAUAAUCAGAAGGUAGAGACCCUGGCUGUUCUUACUGACCUGGAGGUCAACAUCCUCUUUAGGAAUUCCCUCAUCACCUCCCUCCCUCUCUCUCCUGGACUGAGACUGGCCGAUGUCUGUAACAGAAUCAAGGUCUUCAAAAACGAAGGUGAAGCGGAGGAGAAGAUAAAGUCGGGUCAGGUGAAGGUGAAUUUUAGACAAGAAAAGAACCCCGACACAGUGCUGAGAGAAAUGGAACACAUUCUGCCAAAUGACAUCACUCUUAUAACUCAAGGGAGAAAAAUUCACCAUGUUAUCAAGUGGGCAUCCUAGUGAUUAUAAGACAUAGGUUUUAUAUGUGUGAAUGAUAGUAAUCAAAACAUAGUGAACUGACUCUGAAGUAUUGCUCCUAGAAUGGCUCUGAUGAUAGACUUGGUGUGAAUAAUAAAUUCAUUGAUUGUUUAA